CACGGUUUCACCCGCUGAGGGAGCCGGUCAGCAUCCCCCGGAUGGAGAGUGCAAGACCUUGGCUCGAUCUCAAGAGUGCAAGUGAAUCAACCUGCAGUUAUAAGGCAUGCAGAACAAAUUCAGUCACGAAGAACUGUGAAAAAGGAUUGGCAAAUACUGCUGGCUGCUUCGUUUUGAAUCUACUUUGAAUCUUCAGAGACUGGCCUCUCUCUGAGAAUUUCCACCUGCAUGUCCGAAUCAGUGUCCUGAUGACUUUCAACUAUUAAAUUGUGCUUCCACAUGGAAUCAGAUGUGCCUGAGCUCACUAGGACAUAUUCAAAGGGUCUAGAGGCUGCUUGGCUACUGAGAGCUGUCACCUGCAUAGAUCUCACCACCCUUUCAGGCGAUGACACCCCUUCAAACAUUCACAGGCUUUGUUACAAAGCCAAGCAUCCAAUCAGAGAGGAUCUUUUGAGAGCCAUGAACAUGCAUGAUAAAGGUAUUACUACAGCAGCUGUCUGUGUGUAUCCAGCUAGGGUAGCUGAUGCUGUUAAAGCACUCAAGGCUGCUGGUUGUAACAUACCAGUAGCUUCAGUGGCAACUGGGUUUCCAGCUGCACAAACUCCACUGAAAACCAAAUUAGAAGAGAUUAGGAUAGCAGUGGAAGAUGGUGCCAGAGAGAUCGACAUUGUAAUUAACAGAACCCUUGUGCUGACUGGCCAGUGGGAAGGCCUCUAUGAAGAGAUCCAUCAGUUUCGUCAGGCCUGUGGAGAUGCUCAUAUGAAAACAAUCUUGGGAACAGGAGAGCUGGGAUCACUUACCAAUGUCUACAAAGCCAGCAUGGUAGCGAUGAUGGCAGGUGCUGAUUUCAUUAAGACCUCUACAGGAAAAGAAGCAGUUAAUGCCACCCUUCCAGUAGGCAUAGUCAUGGUGCGAGCCGUUAGAGAUUUCUACUGGAAAACUGGCAACAAGGUUGGAUUUAAACCUGCUGGAGGCAUUCGUAGUGCAAAGGAUGCUCUUACCUGGCUCAUAUUGAUGAAGGAGGAGUUAGGAGAUGAGUGGCUGAAACCAGACCUCUUUCGCCUAGGUGCCAGUACGUUGCUGGCCGAUAUCGAGAGACAGAUUUACCAUCAUGUGACUGGCAGAUAUGCAGCUUACCAUGACCUGCCAAUGGCUUAGUCCCAUGAGUAAUUCAGGAUGACUUUUAUAAAGAGAAUUUUAAGAAAAAAAUGUCCUAAAGUCUUUUUUGUAACCUAGUCCAAAAGUGCAUAUAAAAGGAUAAAAGAACCAA